UAGGAAAAUUUUGAUAUUAAUAAGUUUUACCAUUAAUUACUUUGGCAACUUUAAUUUUAUUGAUUUAUUAUGCUAAAAAAAAUGGGUAUAUGCAGGAUAUAUUUAUUUUAAGCGCUUCCGGUGGAACAGAAUUCAUUUUGAGGUUUUGGUUUGAAUUCUGAUUUAGUGGGAUUUUUCAGAUUUUGUGAAUAAUUUCUAAAUUUAUGAAAUAGUGUGUUUUCCUUUGGAAGAAUGGUGCUGGAAGAGAUGAAUGGAGCCAAUGAUGAGAAUGAUUUGAUCACUCCACAAAUCAUGCAAGAUCAAGUUCAAGAUGAUCUUGCUAUCAAAGAAGAAAUCGAUAACGAUAAUGAUAAUGAUAAUCCAACUAAAGCCAAAAAGAGAAAAUAUAAUCGAAAGAGAAAGGAUUCAGAUUCAGUCAGUGGUGAUAAUAGAAAAGCAGCUCAAGCUACUAGGACCUUGAAAGCGUGUGAAUUAUGUCGAAGACAAAAGACUCGAUGUUUUAGAUCUUCAGAACGAAAUUCUUGUUUAAGAUGUAUAUUCUUGAAUAAACCAUGUUCUUUUGAACUUGAAGCAGUGGCUAUGCCUAUGCCAAUUAAUAAUAGUUCUGUCAGUAGUAUGAUGACUGAUAAUUCUGAAACUGAUCGGAAAUUGGAUCUUAUUUAUGGAGGAUUGACUGAAAUAAUGUCAUUUUUAAAGAAUAAUUCAUCAUCAUCCAUAAGUGGUCAAAGUAGUAGUGGAAAUCCUCCUAUGGAUCAUGAUUUAAUCAAUCAUGAUGCAAGACUUCUCUUGGAAGCUGCAAGUUCAAUGAAAAAAUCAUCAGUGCCGACAACUCCAUCAUUAUUCUUUGAUAACUUGUAUGGUAAUAAUAAUAACAACAAUAAUAAUAAUAAUUCCUCGAAUGCAGCUGCUAGUAGUAGUAAUAGUCAAACAAGAUCAGGACUUCAUUUCCCAGGCCUUGGAAGUUCUCAAUUGCAUUCCAGUGAUUUCCAAGUCUUUGAAGAAGAUGAUACCAAUGUCGAUAAUCAAUUUUCAUUUCAAUCACCCACUAUUUCUUUAAAAUCAUCACCAUUUUCGAUUAUAAACAAUCAAAUCAAGGAAAAGGAUGUUCCUAAACCAAUCCUCAACUUACUAAACUUAUCGACCAUCAAGAGAUCUAAUAAAUCAAAACCAUAUUUCGAAACUACUGAUGAUAUCAUAUCUUUAAAUAUCCUAAAUCUCACAGAAACAAUUGAUCUAAUGAAUGAUUUCAGAAGAAAUUAUGGGAGAUGGGUAUCGUUCCCUCUGAGUUUAUCCACUGAAGUUUUAAUCGAUAGGAUUCGAUAUAAAUCUUCAUUACUUUUAACUACAUGUUGUCUUCUAUCGUUAAGGUAUUCUUUAAAUGGUGUAAGUCCAGGUGAUAUAAAUAAUUUCUCCCGGAAAAAGAGAACGUAUAAGGAUUUAAUUAAAAAAUUGGUUCUGGAUCUUGAUAGUUCUUUAAUCAAGUAUACUGCUUUUCAAGGCGCUUCCGAUAAUAGUGGUGAUAUUGAGUUCUUACAAUCAUUAGUGAUAUUAUCAAUCUACCUGUUGUCGUUAUCAUCAAUUGUACCUUCCACUAUGGAUGAUGAUAAUGUUGAUGAUCUUGAUCUGGAUUUAGAUGAUUUCAAUCUAGAUGCGUGGUUUUUAUCAAGUAUAGGUUUAACCACAUUCAUCACUAAAUCCACCUUUGGAACAUUAUUCAAAAAUAAUAAUCGAAUCUCAACAACUUCGCCAUCAGCAUCAGCUAUAACUGGAGGUGGAUCAAUUACAUCCCCAUUCACAGUGCUUUACGAUGAAUUGGAUUCUGACGAAUAUCAAACCUUAACUAUAUUAAGAAUUUACAAUCACUUAUGUUUGGUUCAUAUCAUCAAUUGCGUCUUCUCUGGAAGAAUGUGCGUAGUUGAUGAAAUCCGAAUCAAUUAUUGUACAGCUACAUUAAGCUUACCAAGCGCAACUAAUUUCGAUGGGAGAAUGGUUAGUGAAAUUGGGAUUCUUUUGAUUGCAUAUAAUUUUAUACAAGUUCAAUUCAGUAUUGGCAGUGGAUCUGCCAGUUCAAAUCAUCAAUUGAAAGAUUUGGAACUUGGGUUCAAAUCGGUUAAAGAAGAGUUAAGAUUAUGGUAUGAUCAAUGGGAGUACUUAUUCUCGCAACCCAAUUUACAAUUUGUUGAACUAAAUUAUAAUUUCUGUUCAUUGGUGAUUUAUUAUUGUUAUAAUUUUCUGAAAACAACUAUUUUGAAACCAUUCAAGAAGGAUGAUAACUCAUCAUCUAAUCCUAAUUCCAAUUCAUCAUUAUAUGACGAGAACAACAUUCGCUAUGUUUUAAGCCAUACCAGUAAACAAGAUAUUUUAAAGAUGCUUGAAUGUUCGUAUAGCGUGGUCCGAUUCGUAAAUGAUAUUGCAAGUGAUUCAUAUUUUGCGUACUUAUCGGAUCAAAUUCAUUUUUGCUUUUACUUCAGUGCUAUCUGUUUGAUGAAUAUCUUAAAAUAUCUCAUUACAUCUUCAACAUCUACAACUCAAGGAAAUGGGUUGAAAUUAUUAGAUGAUUUGUUAAUCACUAAUCCUGACUUACUAAUAAGCUCAAAUAAUUAUCAACCAAUUAUAGAAGAUUUGAAAAAUUUGAUUAAUAAGUUUAAUAGAGUGGGUCAAGAUAAUAAAGAUGAUAUUAUCUCGAAAUAUAAAACUGGGUUACAAAAUUAUCUAGAGGAGAACUUGCUCUAGGUAGCGUAAAAAUAAGUUAUUAAAUAUUCAAAUAAAUAA